CAACUUUUUCUGUGAUGUGAACGUGAAGAGAAGGGCAACUUUGUUCGAAGCUUACUUCAUACUUUAUUUACCUGUUUUUAGUGUAUUGUUAGAAAUACAAUUCAAAUCAUCACUUUAGUGCGUGUUCAUUUUUCAUUCCGUAAAAGUUAUUCAGUGGACUUCAAUCAUUACAUCUAAGUUUACUCGAGUUUCGUAGUUCUGGAGGCUAACCACUCUCCGAGGUGUUUAUUUUUUUAAGCUCAAAUUCCACAGUUGUGUUUAUUAGUGAAUUGCGUUGUUAUAUUCGCUAUGGCUGGUAAAUUUUACUUCGCUUUAGCGUUAAUUUGCGUGGUACCUAUAGUCUACGCGUGUAAUGAAGCUAUAUGUGCUAGUGUAGUUUCCAAGUGUAUGCUCACGCAGUCAUGUAAGUGUGACUUGAAGGACUGCUCAUGCUGUAAAGACUGCUUCAACUGUCUCAGCUACCUGUACGACGAAUGCUGCAGCUGUGUUGACAUGUGUCCUAAGCCAAAUGACACACACACAGAAUUAUCUAAGUCCUCGUAUGUAGAAGAGUUAGUGGAUGGUGUGCCAGGACUUUUCACCGCAUUGACAAGUGACGCAGACCCACGCGAGAGGUGGAUAUCCAUUACAUACCCUGUGGACUUUGACCUAACAAAGUAUAUGCCAGCAUCGGAAAAACAAGUGGUGUAUCAUUUACAGAGUAUCGAACAGGAAUCCGAACCAGUGAGUCGGGACAUCAUAACCCUCAACUGCACUGUGGCAUACUUGUCUCAAUGCAUGUCGAGUGAUAAGUGCCGCGCGUCAUGCCGUUCCAUGGGCGCCAAUAGUUUGAGAUGGUUCCAUGAUGGUUGCUGUGAAUGUGUUGGAGAAAAAUGCUUAUACUACGGAAUCAAUGAGAGCAGGUGCUUGGCGUGUCCUAGCGGCAAAAGCUCUCCAGUUAUAAUGGACGAUGACCUCUCCUAUGACGACCUGGACUAUGGGGAAGAAGUUGACACACAGUCAGUAUAGGAUUGUAGAUGUUAUAUAUAUUAAUAGUAUAAUAGUGUUGUAGUUGGCAUUAAAAACACAUUUUUUAGUUUCUAAAGUAUUGUGGUGUAAAUCAGUUUGGAUUCUUAAUUUACUUUAAUGUCAAGACAUUAAUUAAAAUGUAAAAUAAUUUAUUAACGUAAAAAAAUUACGUUCAAAAUUAUAGUUUACUUAGGCUUCGCAUGGGUAGCAUUUAUACAUAUAAACCUUUCUCUUGAAUCACUCUAUUUCAAAUAACUAAGUGUACUAGUUUACCUAGCCUUACAUAAUGAUACUGAAAAGUGUGUAAUAAGCCUCAUCAAAAUUAGUUAUUACUUAAAGAAAUAGAUGUAGUAUUAUUUAUUUUUAGAAAGCUUUUAAUACUGGAAAGCAAUAUUGGUUUCCAUACAAAUAUAAAAUGUAUGUGUCAAGAAAAUCUAAUAUGUGAUUACCAUGGAUUUAGUUAGAUUGGGUCUUAAUGGAGAUGUUUGUUAUUAGGUACAUAUAUUUAUUUCUACCACCAGGUUUCGCUUGUUAAACUUGGGUUAAGGUCAUGUCAAAUAAUGAUUCCAAUUAUUUUUAAUUAAAGUGCUAACAUUAACUUUGUCACACCACCAACUUAAAGUUUUUCUGUUUGGUCAGCUGGUUGACUGGUAGAGAAUGACAAACGGCAUUAAGUCUGACUUUUGUACAUUUUUGUUGUGCAACAAAGUUUUAAAUAAAUAAAUAACAUCUCUAGUGUAAACGAUUUUGUGAAAAUCCUCACAAUUCCACACACUUUCACAUUCAAACCAUGGUUCUCAUAAUGAAUCAUAAAAAUCAGAAAAAUUUAUAUCUUCAUUCCCUAAAAAGCAAGCGAAGUCUAGAAAAUAUGAAAGUUAAAAAGAUAUAUUUCUCCACUGCCACAUUAUUUUAAUGAAUUUUUCAACACUUCCUUUACUAUUUAUGCUGUUUUUUUUAACUGGGCAAGAUUUCAUUGUUGAAUAUAAACUUUUUAAAAAGGUCAGGUAUAAUGAAAGAUGCCUUCAAACUUUGCCUGCACUUACAAUUGUACUUCGUAGUAAGAAGUAAUGUUUUUCAGUGACUACUUAAAUGUUUUACAUGUGAACGUUAUCUUUUAUGAUUUUUAAACUUUUGAGAAAUAGCUUUAGUAACCAUAUAGUGCAUUCGCAAUUAAAAGUUGUUAGCAUAUUGUUACACGCAUUAUCAUAAUUUUUUGAGAAAUAGUGUAAUUUGUUCUUUGUUCUAAUAAACUAUAAAUAAUUUAGGUAUGUACAUACAAAUUUAGUACAAAUAAAAACAUUCAAUAUUUAGAGGGACUGAAUUGUACAGAAGAACUUUAAAAAUUUUCCACAUAAAUGGAGGUAAAGUUGGAUAAUAACCCACGUAGCCAUGGCACGCGCGACGCCGUUUUUAUCGCGCGAAAAAAUAUCGCUGUUUCCCUUUUAAUUAUGAAGUGAAACGGGACAGCGAUAGUUUUCGCGCGAAUAAAUGGCGUCGCGUCUUCUAUGUGUCACAAUGAUUUUUUUGAAAUAGUUAUUCAAUAUUCCUUAUUUAACUAGCUAAUGUUUAGUUCCACUUUUCUGAAAUAUUUAAAGGUACUGACUGCUUUUAGUAACAACUAUUCCCGUUUUGUCAACCUAAACAUUUAUUUCUGCGACCGGUGUAAAAUGAACGUAAAAGGAGUAGAUAUGAAAAGGUUAAGGGUUUUUUUGUACAAACAUUUUAUAUAUAUCUGUAGUAAAAUACAGAAUUUAUGAUGGGCUAGUCGUAACUAUUGGGCGACAGUUCUAAGUAAAUAAUUCUAUAUAAUGCAAUAUAAUGUAAGUUACUAUGGAAAGAAAUAGUAUUGAUGUCGUCUUUCAAAACAUACAAUUCUAAUUUGAUAUUUUUUAUCACAGAUUAAAAAGUGGGUUAUCUAUUUCGAAAUUAAUCUAUGUGUAAUCGGUCCGUCCUUACGAAUUGGUAUUAAAUUAUUGAGAUUAUAUUUCGCCUACAUAGUUUUAUGGUAGAUUUAUAUUUAUAUUCAUGCACGAAAUCUCCAAAGUGCCAAAAUAGUAAUACAAUAUAAUGUCAUCGUGCCUAUUUUUGUGUAUGUAAAGUCUUUUUCUAGGGCAUGUGGAAAACGGUCAGUGACCUUUUGUUUGUUCGCCACCUGUACUCGGACAAGUUAAGAACCAAUAUGAUGGACUGCAUCUUCUUCAGCUCAGUUGGGUAUUGGUCACUUCACAGUGACUUUGUUGGUGAACCGGCUUAACAGUGUCAGCCGGUCUUUGGCUAUUCACAUUUAUGUCUUGCCCAAUAUUUUACAAAUGUCAUCAUACUCUAUACUCUACUUCAUGCAGACUCUGUCUGUUCAAGAACUUUAAAUAGGGCUAUUUAGUCAAGAGAUAUGCCUUAUUAAUGUUUGUGAAUUAACCUACAGGUUUAAGUCUUUACAAAUUUCGCACCCAGGGACGUCCUCCUUUCUACUCUUAUAUUAUUUAUAUGUUGUCUUCUGCUCAUUAUAAUACAACCCUAAAGAGCUGGAUAGCGCAAUAUUUUGUAUCGGACGUAGGCGCUAAGGAAUACACCCAAUUUGAGGAUGUAUAGCCACUAAUCGAACGAGGAAUAUUUGGAGCUGCUAAAAAAAAACUGAACGUAGCAACUUAUCAUUUGCCUUAUCUCCGGCUUAUGGCUUAAGACUUAGUCUAUGGGCCGAUAUAUCACGAACAAAUAACGGGUUAUCGACCGUUUUUCGCCACUUGUACCUAGGCUUAAGUUAGGAACUAAGUGUUAGUUUUAUAGAAUGUAAUGUGUCAUAUCAUGAUUAAAUAAGAGCUUUUAUGAAUGUAUCACGCUUUUAUAGAUUAUUUUCACAUAAUGUGCCUUAUAUUUUUAUUAAUAAGAAUUUAUUAUGUGUCAUAGAUCUGAAACUUUGUAUUUAAGGUAUUUUUAUAUUAUACUUUUUACACUAUUGUAAAGAUUUAAGAUAAUAAAUUAUGACUUUG